AUGGCACUAGACCGUCGAAGGUCAACUUUCGCCCUUAUGGCACUACACCGUCGAAGGUCAACUUCCGUCCUUAUGGCACUACACCGUCGAAGGUCAAUAUGCACGAAGAAAACUCAACGGCCGUUGUGGGCAUUUGCAUGUCUUUCAACAACUAAAGAGUACAAACAAAUUGGAGAUAAUGUUACACUGCAGUUCCAAGCAACGACAACAAACUUUAGAUACCCUGAUUCAUACGUGGUAAAUUUCAUUUUGUUUGACAAUGGUAGCAUCGUUUUAGGUGUGAGCUAUAAAAAUGGUUAUAAAUAUGGAUCAUUUGAUUUUGGUCCCUGUGAAAACUGUAAAUUCGUUGGUAAUAUAGAUACUGGAAACCUUUCUCUAAGACUGGAUAAUCUUCAAACCUCAAAUGGCGGUACAUACAGACAUGAAGUUAAGGUUUCGGAAACGAGCGAGGAAAUAAAAGAAUGUAUCACUGUAUAUGUUUUAGGUAAACCUGAAAAACCGACAAUACAAUAUAGAACCGAUAGUAUUGAAGAAUUGGAUGUUCAUCUGAUCUGUAGCAGUAGAUCAACUACUUAUCCCUCAGAUCAUGACCUAAGUCUCCAGUACGAUUGGAAAGUGGACACAGAACAUAAUCCUGUAGAAUAUAAGUACACAUUCCGAAAUAUGAUGACCAUCGAAAAUCCAGAUAAUCAAGAUAUAAACAAAACGUUUUCUUGCAAGGCUACAGAGUCUGGUUCUGACGUUACUGGUUUGACUUCUAGUUACAGUGAUGAGUUUAUGAUUAACAUGUCAUCGUUUGCAUGUCUUUCAACAACUAAAGAGUACAAACAAAUCGGAGAUAAUGUAACACUGCAGUUCCAAGCAACGACAACAAACUAUAGAUAUCCUGAUUCAUACGUGGUAAAUUUCAUUUUGUUAAACAAUGGCAGCAUCGUUUUAGGUGUGAGCUAUGAAGAUGGAUAUAGAUAUGGAUCAUUUGAUUUUGGUCCCUGUGAAAGUUGUGAAUUCGUUGGUAAUGUAGAUACUGGAAACCUUUCGCUAAGACUGGAUUAUCUUCAAACCUCAAAUGGCGGUACAUAUAAACAUUUAUUGAAGGAUGAAGAAUUCAGCGAGGAAAUCAAAGGAUGUGCAAUUGUAUAUGUUUUAGGCAAGCCAGAAAAACCGACAAUACAAUCUAACAACAGCAACAACAACGGUAGUAUUGAAGAAUUGGAUGUUCAGCUGACAUGUAGCAGUAGAUCAACUACAUAUCCCUCAGAUCAUAACCUAAGUCUCCAGUACGAUUGGAAAGUGGACACUGAAUAUAAUCCCCAAGAAUAUGAGUACUCAAAGACAAAGAAUAAAUUGACCAUCAAAAAUCCAGAUAAACAAGAUAUAAACAAAAAGUUUUCUUGCAAGGCUACAGAGUCUGGUUCUGACGUUACUGGUUUGACUUCUAGUUAUAGUGAUGAGUUCAUGAUUAACAUGUCAUACACGAAACAGUUGGAAAUUAAUCAAAAUGAAGCUGAGGACGGCACAUUCACCAGUUGGGUGAUAGUUGGAAUUGUUUUUGGUUUUCUCACCAUAACAUUUGGAAUCUGUGCAUCUUGGUUUGCUUUCAGGUGGAGACAAGCUGUUUCAAAAGGUGCAGCGGAGUCAAACGGAGAACUGACAGCACAAGCGGCGUACGUGAACAGUGAUAUUGUUUUGCAACAUGCUGAAUCGAGCAGGAUCCGAGAUGAACACAUAAUUGAAGCCGAUUCUGUAAAUCUUUACACAGACCUAGCCUAUUACUCAAGGGAUGAACAGUCAUCAUACGAAGUUCUUAGAGGAAACAAAGGAAAUGUACUUUUUACAAUUUAAUAUCUGUGCUGUACGAAAUGCAGAUUUUGAUUGAAACGUGACUAGUUGAAAUGAAAUUACAAUGUUUACUUUUCAUUAAGACACAUUUUUAGCUUACCUGUCACAAAGAGACAAGGUGAGCUUUUGUGACAGCGUGGUGUCUGUCGUCCGUCAGUCCGCCCGUUCGUGCGUUAACUUUUUCAAUCAAAUGACUGCUCCUCUAAUACCACUUGCCAAAAUUUAAUGAAACUUGGCAGGCAUGUUUUUGCAUAAUGCUCUAACAAAGUUUUUAAAGACUUAUAUUCCUUGAAGAACUCUGGUUGCCUUGGCAACCAAAAUAUCAAAAUAUCUAAAAAUCACAAGGCCUUGAGCCUUGAUAUUUGGUAUGUAACAUGAUCAAGUGGUUCUCUACAAAUAUUGUUCAA